UAAGGGUAAUUAGAGUGAGAGAGAGCGAGGGAUGCUCUGAUAAGGGUAAUCACUCAGACUGACCACAGGUGAUUAAUUGGAGGCAGUUGAUCAGAUACAGCACAGUGAUGGACCCUCAUCACCAGGAUGGGAUGCAUUAGAGAGAGAGAGAGAUAGAGAGAGAGAGAAAGAGACAGAAAGAGAGAGACAGAGAAUGUUGGGGACAGAGCGACCCCAGGUUUUCCUGCAGAAUCGCACUCAUUCUGACCAGAUACACUCAUCUGGACCACGGAAAAGAGACAAGAUGCAGAAUCCCUCUCUGCUGCUGAUGCUGAUUGGCGCGGCCUCUCUGCUGACCUCUUGUGGCGGGUUUGGGAACCGCAGGCUGUGUGGUAUUCAGCUGGUGGAGGCGCUGCUGUUUGUGUGUGGAGAGAAAGGCCUCUUCUACCAGCCUGGGAGGCGCAUGCGACAUGACAGCAUCCGUGUGAUGAUGAAGGACGGCACCUUCUUCCCUCAGGAGGUCAGAGAGGUCAUGCAGAAAAGGCCCUCGGCUGGAUUCAGAAUGAGAAAGAGAGGAAUUGUAGAGCAAUGCUGCCAUUUCUACUGCGACUACUAUGACCUGGAGAACUAUUGCAACACAUAGAGUGUCUCUGUAGAUGUGGAUGGGGUCCUUAUACUGAAUGGAUUAAAGCAUGAAAACAGAAUGGCACAAGACUGAUCUGAAUCACUGACAGACAGCUUCAGCACACAUAUGAAAAAUAUACAUAAACUCCUCAGCAUCAAUUAACAACAAAGUCCAAAGAUGUAACAAAUAAAAUCAAUAAAACCCAAUCAUUUAAGGGUCAUCAGUGUGUAAAUCAUAUGAAUGUACAUACUGAGU